AUGUCGACAGGACGGAACUGGAGCUCUCCUACGUCGACGCGUCCCAGCGUCUCCACCGACAUCUCCCCCAUCCCCUCCUCCAUCCUGUCAGACAUGAACGUCUCAACCUCGACUGAGAACGAUGCCGAGGACGAGGCGACGACGCCAACUGCGACCACCCACCCGCCCCCCCACCCGGAACCGUGGGGGCGACGCUCUGUGUCGGCGCAGGUCAAGCGACCGCACCUUUCCCAUCGCAUCAGCGUCGGCAGCAGCCUGCGAGCGACGCCUGGUCCCUCCUCUGCAUCGCCGUACCGUGGCCGUGGGAGGCCACCUGCACCUUCCUCGCUUCCUUCUUCUGGAUGGGCAGGACCACAGCGCGACCUUCUCCGUCCACACUCAGGCCAGACGCGGGAGGCUUCUCCCGCUGCAGCCACUGUAUCGCCACAGAACGACUACCUCCCCGAUUGGGAGAGUCUGCAGGACCUCGUGAUGCCGGCCCAUGACGAUGCCAACCACACGCCAAGUCGCCAUCGAGACAGUUCUGUGGGAAGUCGGCGCUCCGGAUACGGAUCACUAGACACGCCUGUUCGCGCAACACGCACCGUGUCGUAUCACCUCCCUCGCGUUUCCAGUGUCACCGAGACUAACGAAGAAUCCGACGAAGAUGUAGCGCAAUCGUCAUACUUCGCGGUUGGGGACGACCGGCCAUCCAUCGUCACAAUGGAGCAGCCUCGGGUCGCUUCUCCUCUUCCUCCUGUUGGAGCAGAGACACCAAGUGGAGGGCACCAAACGCCUGUGUCGCCAAGUGCAGCAGCAAAGAAGCCUCUCCCAUCGCACAUGUCGCAUUUGGUUGCCACGAUAGUUCUCAUGUUCAUACCCGCGCGCACGAUGGGGAACAUGAUCCUGUCCACACGGUAUUGUCUCACCCUCACGGGUCUGGCUGUGCCCGUAUCGCUGCUCUCCUUCGGUAUCGUCCGCUUCUUUAACUUCCUUUCCCCAUCAGAUGGCGACACCUGGGACUGGGCCAACGAGCUCAGUGGCUGGACAGUGUGCGUUGUGUGUAUCGGCGGCUCGUUGACUGCACUCGCCUGGCUCAAGCAAUGGGUCAACAACCCGAGUUUCAAUUCUGGGUCAUCGUUGGCGGCUAUUGUGCUCCUCAUUGUAGUCGUGAGGGAAGGGGGUGUGAUACAGGUCAAGGAAGUAUUCCUGAUCAUGUUGGUCGGAGUCACCAUCACCAACGUCGUCUGCUUCACAGUCAAGCCUGUCUCCGCAACAACACGAUUGCAAGGAUCAAUGACCAAGUCACUUGACGGGUUCUCCACGCUCCUCGACAUCCUCUGCUCCACUUUCCUCCUCGAGCAGCCCCAUGCCAAGAAGAACCGCAUGCCGCUGGCCCAAGCCGUCAAGGCACACGGUGCCGCGUUCAAGUCCCUCAAUGCAAACCUUGCCGAGGCCAAACACGAGAGGCUGAUCGACCCGCGAAUGCGGGGCGUGAAGCUGGAACUCUACGAUGCGGCUAUUGGGAGCAUGGCGCGUCUCGCGCAGCACCUGGCCGCCAUGCGAUCCAGCACCCGUCUGCAGGAGGCACUCCUCCGUGCCAACCGUGACGGAAGGAUCGACCUCGCGCAGGCCGAGAAACGCAGCCAUAACGUGGCUGAUUCAGUGAUCUACGAGUUAGGCGAUCUUCCGACUGUAUCAAUCGAGGAAGAAGCAGACGUCGAACUGAGCCUUCAACUUUUCCACAAGCUGCAGCGUAUGACAGGAGGUGACAUGGACCGCCUGGUUGGCAAAUGCGACGAGGCACUCGACGCAAUUGAGGAGGUCUUUGGGGCGCAGUCGAAGGAGGACACCGAAGAGGCCGACGUCCCUGGCACGCGUGCAGCUGUGGCUGAAGCGUUGAGUGAUUUCAGCCGAUCCUCAGGCCGGGCCAUCAAGCGCAUCUAUGCCGGCCCUCGCCGUCGUAAAGGCGUCUACGACUCGGACAACGACAGCAGCAGCAGUGACGAGGGACAGGAGCCGCAGCACCGCACAUUACUCUUAAGCGUGAAUGAGGACGACGACGACGGUCCGAAUGAGGUCAUCUUCCUUGUCUACUUUUUCCUCUUCACCAUGGAGGAGUUCGCUGGAGAGCUCCUUUUCCUUCUGGGAACUGUCAAUGAAAUCAUCGACUCUCCGCCGGUCUCGGCCUGGGACCAGCUCCGCUCCAUUAUUGCUCCGUGGCGGAAGUCCCCCAGGAAGAAGGCCAACUUCCUAUACAAGCAGUUUCAGAAACUGGUCCCCAUGGACCCGAGCAAGCUGCAACCACCACUGUUCCCGAAAACCCAGCGCGACGAGCGAGGUACUCUCCUAACCCCUGCACGGGCAAGCAUGUCGUUCCGUCAGCGACUGUCCCAGUUCCUUUGGGAGCUUGGAACACGCCUCAGCGAGCCAGACCUUCGCUACGCGAUCAAGACAGGCCUUGGCGGCGCCAUUCUGGCUGCGCCGGCGUUCGCCGAAACCACACGCCCCUUCUUUAUCGAUUACCACGGGGAAUGGGCACUGAUCACGUACUUUGGUACUAUGAGCAAAACUGUGGGGCAGACAAACUUCUUGUCCUUCACCCGGACAGCUGGGACCAUCAUGGGAGGUGUCGUUGCGGUUAUCGCUUGCCAGCUGUUCCCAUUUGAUCCAGUCGCCCUACCCAUCUUCGGCUUCCUCUUCUCCCUCCCCUGCUUCUACAUCAUCACCCAGAUGCCUGAAUACAGGCUCACUGGAAUUUUUGUCCUUUUGACCUACAACUUGACGUGCCUCUACUCGUACAACUUGCGUGACAUGGCUCUGUCUGCUGUCACAAUCGCCUUGAAGCGUACUGCGUGCAUUGUCGCGGGCGUGGUAUGGGCAGCCGUUGUCACGCGUUGGUGGUGGCCGUUCACUGCGCGGCGCGAAUUGCGCAUGGGUCUGGGGGACUUCUUCUUGGACCUGUCAUACCUGUACUCCAGGCUGGUAACAACUUACGUCCGUGGAGCCGAUCCAACUCCUGGCCGGACCUAUGAGUCCGAUCCAUCAUACACACCAGAGCUGCCAACGGAACGGACUGCGCUACUUCCGCCAGCAGCGCCAGCGCCAGUAGAGCACCACCUCAGCAAAGAUGUGCUCCAGUUCAUGGCGAUGGAAAUCCACCUCCAGGGCCAACUGGGGGAGCUGCGCGGCCUGCUGGGUCACGCGAAGAACGAGCCGCGUCUCAAGGGUCCAUUCGCGUCCGCCUUUUAUCACGAGGUCCUUCUCAGCUGCGAGCGCGUGCUCGACCGGCUGCACAGCAUGCGUUGCGUGGCCACACGGUCUGAAUGGGACCAAAGCAUCCGCCAGGCCUUUGUCCUCCCUGUCAACAAGCAGCAGCGCGAAAUGGCCGGCAGCAUCAUUCUGUACUUCUACACGCUGUCGGCGGGGUUCCGCCUCCGCCUCCCCAUGCCGCCGUACCUGCCACCAGCGGAGGAGGCGCGCGAGCGCCUGGUCGACGCAAUCCGUCAACUCGACGUCGUCAAGCGGCGCAGCGUGAGCUGCGGCGGUCGGCAUCUCCUCUUCUUCGCGUACGCGCUGGCAAUGCAGGAGGUCAUCAAUGAGCUCGAUUACAUCGGCGGCUUGUUGCAGGACGCGUUUGGCGUGAUCGCGACAAGCUCUGGCGUGCGCGAGUUCGACGAGCUGUUCGUGGGUGGGCCCGGUGACGGUGAUGAACACGUACACGACUCACAUCUCGCCUUCGACUCGUCGUUCCACUUCCGCUCCGCCGCAUCGUAG